CUUAUGUAACUUCACUCUCUGCAUUCUCUUCUAUUCCUUCCUUCUUGCCCAAAACACACUUUCCCAAGUCCUUUUUAGCCCUCUAUUUGCUCCCAAAACAGAUUAGAGAGUCAGCGCUACAGAAACACUACCCACAUGUCCUUUUAUUCAGUAUAGUACACUAAAACAACAGAUUUCUUUCCAUUCUUGAUUUGUCUAAACUCUUCUGCUAAAUUUGUGUCCAAAAAAAAAUGAUAACUUGGCAUGAUCUAUAUGUUGUCUUGACAGCAGUUGUACCUCUAUAUGUUGCCAUGAUCUUGGCCUAUGGCUCUGUCAAGUGGUGGAAAAUCUUCUCAACUGACCAAUGCUCCGGGAUCAAUCGAUUUGUUGCCAUUUUCGCCGUCCCAUUAUUGUCCUUUCACUUCAUUUCUAUGAACAAUCCUUAUGAAAUGAACUUUAGGUUCAUUGCUGCUGACACUCUACAAAAGAUUAUUAUGUUAGUGGUGUUAUGCAUAUGGGCUAACGUGACCAAAAAUGGUAGUCUUGAAUGGAGCAUAACAAUCUUUUCACUUUCAACACUUCCAAAUACGCUUGUUAUGGGAAUUCCUUUGUUGAUUGCUAUGUAUGGUGAGUAUUCUGGUAGCUUAAUGGUGCAAGUUGUGGUGUUACAAUGUAUCAUUUGGUACACUCUUUUGCUUUUCUUAUUCGAAUAUCGUGGAGCCAAGAUGUUGAUCAUGGAACAAUUCCCCGAAACAGCAGGGGAAAUUGUGUCGUUCAAUGUUGAAUCCGAUGUUGUUUCAUUAGAUGGACAAGAUUUUCUUGAAACAGAUGCUGAGCUUGGACAAGAUGGGAAACUUCAUGUCACUGUAAGAAAAUCGAAUGUGUCAGGAAAGUCGUUUGCAAUGACUCCUAGACCAUCGAAUCUUACUGGAGCUGAAAUAUACAGCAUGAGUUCGUCAAGAAAUCCGACCCCAAGAGGGUCGAAUUUCAAUCACACUGAUUUUUACGCGAUGAUGGGGUUUCCUGGAAGGUUAUCGAAUUUUGGUCCUGCAGAUACUACUCCUAGGGCAUCUAAUUUCGAAGAAAACUGUGCUCAGCGAGCUCUGACGAGCUCUCCUAAAUUCGGAUUUUACCCUGCAGAGUCUAAUUUGCCUCCUGCUUAUCCGGCUCCAAAUCCGGAAAUUGCUUCUAUAGUUCCCAAGAACCCGAAAAAUCAGCAACAAGUACAAGUACAUUCGCUACAACAACAGCAAAAUACUAAAGCUAGUCAUGAUGCUAAGGAACUUCACAUGUUUGUAUGGAGCUCAAGUGCUUCACCAGUGUCAGAGGGCGCUGGCCUCAACGUGUUCGGUGGCACUGAAUUUGGUGCCAACGAACAAUCUUGUCGGUCUGAUGGUGCUAAGGAAAUUAGAAUGUUAGUAUCUGAUCACCCUCAAAUUGGGGAUAACAAAGUCAUUUCCCAAGUUGGUGAUUUUGGUGGUGAAGAAUUCACCUUUGGAGGUGCUAACGGUUGCGGUGGGAAGGAUAACGACGAAAAAAAGGAAGAGAAAGAGGGUCUCACCGGACUACACACUAGUGCUGCUGGAGUUCAAGAGUCCGGUACCGGAAAACACAUGCCUCCGGCAAGUGUCAUGACACGUUUGAUCUUAAUCAUGGUUUGGCGCAAGCUUAUUCGAAACCCCAACACGUAUUCUAGUCUCAUUGGUCUAGUUUGGUCCCUAAUCUCGUAUAGGUGGCAUGUGCAUAUGCCCAAAAUAAUAGAGAAAUCAAUUUCCAUUCUCUCUGACGCUGGCCUUGGAAUGGCUAUGUUUAGCUUAGGUCUGUUUAUGGCCCUUCAACCGAAGAUAAUAGCAUGUGGGAACACGGUGGCUGCUUUUGCAAUGGCAGUGAGAUUUUUGACUGGCCCAGCAGUUAUGGCUGCCGCUUCUAUUGUUGUUGGCCUUCGUGGUACUCUGCUCCAUGUCGCCAUUGUCCAGGCUGCAUUGCCGCAAGGAAUUGUUCCCUUUGUGUUUGCUAAGGAGUACAAUGUUCAUCCUGCUAUACUUAGCACUGCGGUUAUUUUUGGAAUGUUGAUAGCAUUACCAAUCACAUUAGUCUACUAUAUUAUUCUUGGAUUAUAAUUCAAGCUGAAGUUAGCGCCAAUCUCCUUACUAAUCAAGUCUGGACUUAAUCAACUACGGGAUGAACGGAUCAAGCUACCAUCAAUCUCUUAAUUAGUCGAGUCCAGACAUAAUCACCUACACAAUGAACUGGAUAUUAUUCUGAAACAAGACGGAAGAGUGUGCAAACUAACUAGAAGUGAAUUACUAGAAGUGAAUUUUGAGUAGAAGUGUUCAUGCCAAGGCAAAUAGAGAGAACUACCUUAUCUAUGAAUACUCCCAAGCAUUUGGAGCUUAGACAAAAUGUUCGACUUAAUUAGUUUGUGACCCUUGAUUUAAGGAUCUUUUGCCUCUAUUUGAAGAAAUUAAGAAAACAUUAUAUCCAAAUAGUCAGAAUUGGAGGAAAAACAAUUUGGGAUUAGUCUAGUAUGAAGGGGACAAGGAGGGGCAGCAAACAUGGAAAAAGAUGGUCCAAAAACCAUUUGCAUGUACAAUUGAAAUUGAUGUUGAGCUAGACUUAAUUUUUAAUGUAGAGCAAUAGUUGAUUUUCAA